AUGAAGCCUUUUCGCUUUAUCGCACACCAAUCACCUUCUAUUCGUUCCACAGCUAGCUUCUGUGCAAUUCGGCAGGCCGCUUUUUCACAUUCCCACUUUCAGAACUACCCCUCCCCCUCCUCUUCCCUUUCCUCCCACCACUACCUCUUGCGCAACCGCAACCGUACCCUCACCACCUCACGUCACCUCUACAGGGCCGAAGUCUUAGUCUCCAAGAAGAAGCCCACCGCUGCCUCCAAGAUGACGACCACCGCGACGACCCUCAAGGGCCAGCCCCUCGACCGGCCGACGCUGGACGCCAUGCUGCGCCGCCGUCUGUUCUUCACGCCCGCCUUCGAAAUCUAUGGCGGCGUUGGCGGUCUCUUCGACUACGGCCCCCCUGGCUGCUCUCUGCAGGCCAACAUUAUUGACCUAUGGCGCAAGCACUUCAUCCUCGAGGAGGACAUGCUCGAGAUCGACUGCACCGUCCUGACUCCUCACGAGGUUCUCAAGACCUCCGGCCAUGUCGACAAGUUCGCCGACUGGAUGUGCAAGGAUCCCAAGAACGGUGACAUCCUGCGUGCCGACCACUUCGUUGAGGAUGUGCUUGAGGCCCGUCUCAAGGGUGACAAGGAGGCUCGCGGCGAGAAGGUCGAGGAGGCGGACGACCCCACGAAGAAGAAGAAGAGGAAGCAGAAGACCGUGGCCGUCAAGCUUGAUGAUGCCGUGGUCCAGGAGUACAGCGAGAUCCUGGCCAAGAUUGACAACUACAAUGGCGAGGAGCUCGGCGAGCUCAUCAAGAAGUACGACCUCAGGAACCCGGCCACCGACGUCCAGCCCUCCCCUCCUGUCUCCUUCAACCUCAUGUUCCAGACUGCCAUUGGCCCCUCUAGCAACCUUCCUGGCUACCUGCGCCCUGAGACCGCCCAGGGUCAGUUCCUUAACUUCGCCAAGCUCCUCGAUUUCAACAUGCAGCAGAUGCCCUUCGCAUCCGCCUCUAUUGGUCGCUCUUACCGCAACGAGAUCUCCCCCAGAGCCGGUCUCCUGAGAGUCCGCGAGUUCCUCAUGGCCGAAAUCGAGCACUUUGUUGACCCCGAGGGCGGCAAGAAGCACUCCCGCUUCGUUGAGGUCGAGGACCUUGAGCUUACCCUGCUGGACCGCAACACACAGCUUUCCGGCAAAACGGAUCUCCGCAAGAUGACGAUUGGCGACGCCGUGCGCAAUAAGGUCGUUGACAACGAGACUCUUGGCUACUUCAUCGCCCGUAUCCACCUCUUCCUCCAGAAGAUUGGUGUUGACAUGACCAAAGUCCGCUUCCGCCAGCACAUGCAGAACGAGAUGGCCCACUACGCUGCCGACUGCUGGGAUGCCGAGCUCCUCACGUCCUCCGGCUGGAUCGAGUGUGUCGGCUGCGCUGACCGUAGCGCCUACGAUCUGUCUGUCCAUGCCAAGAAGACCGGUGCUCCUCUGCUCGUCCGCGAGCGUCUCGACGAGCCCCGCGUCAUCGAGGAGUGGCAGGUCGAGAUCGAGAAGAAGAAAUUCGGUCCCCAGUUCAAGAAGGAUGGCAAGACCGUCGAGGCCGCCCUCGAGGCGACCACGCAGGAGCAGCGUGAGAAACUCUCCAAGCAGCUGGCGGAUAACGGCGAGCUCGAGCUCGAGGUCGCCGGUGUUGCCGACGGCAAGGUUAAGGUCAGCAAGGACCUCGUCAAGAUCGAGUUCAGGAAACGCGUUGAGAACACCAGGGAGUACACUCCCAACGUUAUUGAGCCGUCCUUCGGUAUCGGCCGUAUCCUCUACUCGCUCAUUGAGCACUGCUACUGGAACCGUUCCACGGAUGGUGGCGACGAGGCUCGUGGUGUUCUCUCCUUCCCUCCCACAAUUGCCCCUACUAAGGUCCUGAUCGUGCCCCUCUCGGCCAACGCUCAGUUCAAGCCUUUCAUCAAGAAGAUCUCGCAGAAGCUCCGCAAGAUUGGCAUUUCCGCCCGUGUGGACGACUCCUCCGCGACCAUCGGCAAGCGCUACAGCCGCAACGACGAGCUUGGUACGCCACUGGGCAUUACUAUCGACUUCCAGACUGUCAAGGACAGCACCAUCACGCUCAGAGAUCGUGACUCCACGAAGCAGGUCCGCGCGGACGAGGACACCAUUGUGUCUGCUAUCCAGAGCCUGGUUGACGGCUCCAAGGAGUGGAAGGACAUUGAGGCCACUCUCCCGGCGUUUGAGGGUCAGGAGGUUGAGGUCGCUGUGCGAUAA